AUGGAGUCGAGCAGCGGCCGCUUCGCUCUUCUCUCCCCGCACCCGGCGCUCUUUCUCCGGCCGGAGGACCGCAGUUACCCGCGCAGCCCCAAAUGCGCCCGCUGCAGGAAUCACGGGGUGGUUUCGGCUCUCAAGGGCCACAAGCGCUUCUGCCGCUGGCGGGACUGUGCGUGCGUCAAAUGCGCGUUGAUCGCAGAACGGCAGCGCGUCAUGGCCGCUCAGGUCGCCCUACGGAGGCAACAGGCGCAGGAGGAGUUGCAGAUGAUUUACCCCGCGGCAGAAAUGACCAAGGGCGGCAUGAGACUCUCCAGAACCCCGCUGAACUCCGCCGCUCCGCCCACGUUUGACGCCCUCAGUCCGGACGCGUUCAAAGACGAUAAUAAUGGCAGUGUAUUCGAUGGAUUCAUGAAUUGGGGUUUGUUUGCACCGCACAUGCCUGCCGCAAACUUUCCAUCAGGAAAGAGUGACCCGUCACACGGCAGCAUUUAUCCUGGACCGGAUCAGCUGUCAGAUCACGCUGCGAGUCCGUGCUCUCAGAACGCCUCAGAACUCAGUGAAUCACCCAAAGACCCGCCACUUGAAACCGGUCAUCGAGACCCAGCCAAGGUGCUGAUGAAGAUCUUCCCUCACGUGAAACAAGGCGUUCUUGAUUCUGCUCUGAAGAGCUGCUCAGGAGACGUGGUAAAGGCCAUAGAACUGCUGCUCGGUUCUCGAGAGGGUCACAACUCACAUGGAGAUGUCAUGCCACUGUCGGAGAGUCUCCCCAUCUCACGAUCACCUGCCAUCCAUCUCACAGAUGCUCCGCUGAGACGCUUCAGCUCCAAAUCAGCUUUCUCGCCUCUCCAGACGUCCUCCACUAACUGUGUCAGCGGCGAUGCUCUGUUGGGUUUUAACCCUCGGUUUGCGAUUGGUUCGCUGCGACUCGCAUAUUCAACACCAAACUUUAUUCCGCAGUAUCUGGCAUCUGGAUUUCUUCCGCAGAUGUCACUGCGACCGCCAACAGAAUAUCCAUUUCAUGGGGCGUUGUGGGACUUUCCUUACUCCAAAAACACUUUCAACACGGCUGGUCUGUUCUCAACGCUCAGCCCCGACAAAUAACCACAAACACAAUCACUUACUUUCUCAUAUAACUAUGUAUAAUUUGCACAUCUUGUGCAUAUAUGAAAUUAGUCUUUUUGGCCAAUGUCUACAAUCUGUAUGUCAUUAUGUUAAAUAGUUAGUAAAACAUGUAUAUGUGAUUAUGCAUAUUUGAAUCACUUUUUGUCAAUAAAACUUACGUCAAACAUCAUUUCAUGUUAAAUAAAAGCAAAAUCUAUUUCAUCUUAAGUUAAUUAUCUGUACAAAACUUUGCUGUGCAUGUGUUAUUAUAUAAACGAUUUUAAUGCAUUAACAAGUUUAACAUUAAGGCAUUAAAAUGGGUGUUCAAGGGGAAUCUCUGGGUUGGAAUCAGUAAUACAGGGCUGAUGAACACUGGUGUCUCUUCCAUGUUUCCUGUAGCGCUUCACAGUUGAUUUAAAGACAGCAUUGCAUGACUUAUGCUGUUGUGUUUUGUGAUGUGGCGGUUAAUCCCAGCCCUGAGACUAUAUUUGCAUCUGGAGGUCAUUUGAACAGAGGUGUAAAACUCUUGCAAUGUCUCAUUAUGGAGGACAGCAGAGUAGACGCAUUAAUCUAGAAUGGCAAAUACUCUAUUCUGAUUGGCUGGAAUUUGUGCGUUUCAAACCUUUGAAUGCACAGGUAGUUCUGGUCAGUUUUAAUCACCGUUCGAUAUUAAUGUGUUGCUUGUAACCCUAGCAAUAUAACAUUACAGGUCAAGCAGAGUGAGCUGUAGCAAUUGAAAACAUUUCCUUACCACUUUCAUCAUCAUAGCUAAUAUAACGGAAUUCAGCUUGUUUUGCACGGAGGGCGAGAGAAGGAAUUGAGGACCUAUUAAAUGUGUCUUUUGCUGUGCAGUAAGGUGAUGCAAGAUGAUUUAAACUAUAAUGUGUUGUGUAUGUUAUGUUGCUGUGCUGAAGUGCCACCUAUAGCCACUAGAGGCCCCAGCGCUCACACAUCUCUGACUCAAACGCUGAAGGAGAAGCGCUGUUUGUUUGCAUUUUACGGUGAAGCGCUACUGUCCAAGGACAAAUUGCGAUUUCAUUCUUAAUUCAUUCAGUCUUGCAGCCUUGAUGGAUACCAUACUGAUGUCUCAGAGGUCAAAAACGGAAGAAGUGUUUUGAAUUGUUUUCCCCUAUGAUACAGUAAGUGCUACUGUCACUGCCACAUUUGUAACAUACAUUUUUCCACAUUAAUGUGAAAAUGACAAUGAAUACAAAUUAAAUAGUAAAUUUCUCUGGAGUGAAAACCCCUCUAUGUUCUGUGAAUAUUAUUAUUUCUGGAUUGUGCAUUUAAAUUCACAGUUUGACCAAUUGUGUGGUUGCACUACUUUUUCUCUGUGUCUGAUUUAGAUCAGGCGGAGCUCUAGAUCUAAUGGGCCUUAGAUAAAAUUAACUGUUUUUUUUUAUUUUUUAU